GCAGCUCCCGGAGACGGGACCCAUGGAGGCGCGCGGGGAGCUGGGCCCGGGCCGCGAGUCGGCGGGUGGAGACCUGCUGCUGGCGCUGCUGGCGCGGAGGGAGGACCUACGCCGAGAGAUCCCGCUGUGCGCCGGCUGCGACCAGCACAUCCUGGACCGCUUCAUCCUCAAGGCACUGGACCGCCACUGGCACAGCAAGUGCCUCAAGUGCACGGACUGCCACACGCCCCUGGCCGAGCGUUGCUUCAGCCGCGGGGAGAGCGUCUACUGCAAGGACGACUUCUUCAAGCGAUUCGGGACCAAGUGCGCCGCGUGCCAGCUGGGCAUCCCGCCCACGCAGGUGGUGCGCCGCGCCCAGGACUUCGUGUACCACCUGCACUGCUUCGCCUGCGUCGUGUGCAAGCGGCAGCUGGCCACAGGCGACGAGUUCUACCUCAUGGAAGACAGCCGGCUCGUGUGCAAGGCGGAUUACGAGACGGCCAAGCAGCGCGAGGCGGAGGCCACGGCCAAGCGGCCGCGCACGACCAUCACGGCCAAGCAGCUGGAGACCUUGAAGAGCGCCUACAACACGUCGCCCAAGCCGGCGCGCCACGUGCGCGAGCAGCUGUCGUCGGAGACGGGCCUGGACAUGCGGGUCGUGCAGGUGUGGUUCCAGAACCGCCGCGCCAAGGAAAAGCGGCUCAAGAAGGAUGCGGGCCGGCAGCGCUGGGGCCCGUACUUCCGCAGCAUGAAGCGCGCCCGCGGCGGCCCCAAGUCGGACAAGGACAGCGUCCAGGAGGAGGGGCAGGACAGCGACGCCGACGUCUCCUUCACGGAUGAGCCGACCAUGGCUGACCUGGGCCCUGCCAACGGCCUCUACAACAGCCUGGGGGAGCCCACCUCAGCCCUGGGCAGGCCUGCGGGAGCCCCAGGCAGCUUCCCACUGGAGCACGGAGGCCUGGCCGGCCCGGAGCAGUACCGUGAGCUGCGCCCCAGCAGCCCCUAUGGGGUCCCCCCGUCCCCAGCUGCCCUGCAGAGCCUCCCUGGCCCCCAGCCCCUUCUCUCUAGCUUAGUAUAUCCAGAUGCCAGCUUGGGCCUGGUGCCCUCGGGCACCCCAGGUGGGCCCCCACCCAUGAGGGUGCUGGCCGGAAACGGACCCAGCUCCGACCUGUCCACAGGGAGCAGUGGGGGCUACCCCGACUUCCCCGCUAGCCCCGCCUCCUGGCUGGAUGAGGUUGACCACGGCCAGUUCUGACCGAGGGCCC